GGUCUACAUCAUUCCAUCCGCACACAUACCCUCAAUGUCUUUCUCCAAACGUACUGCUACGCAAGCGAACCUUCCGAUGCCAUCUCCGAAGAGGAUCUAUACCAGUCGCGGUGUGGCGAAAACGGACCGCAUUCUCGAGCCAGAAGUCGGCGGGCCUGAGGUCACAUUGAUGAAUGAGUGGGCAAGUCCCAUUAUCGCCAAAGGGAAACAGGCUCUGUAUGAUGCUGCCUGUGCUGUGGGCAUUAUGGGAAGCACCGUAUACACUGCUGUAAACAGGUGGUGGUCCCCGCAACUUCUUCCAACCGCGGCUCCGACCACCAGCCGCUUCAUGCGUAGUCUUCCCCGGCGCUCUAUGCAUCCCGUGGUCAAGAAUGUUGUCUCUUCUACCACCCCUCCGCGACCGAAUGACGAGGUGCCGUCGGACUCGUCGGGGCAAGCGUCGCCACCGACACCCCAGCCAAACGGUAUUAUCGGACCUCUGAAUACUGCCGAAUCUGACUAUCCCCCUUUUGUACCCCGCCCAAUGCCGCGCGAGUUUGCUAUUCCAAAACUCGAAGUCGCCGAGAGGAUGACUGAGCCAAUCGUCAAGACAGAUGACAUGCGCAGGGCCGAAGAGGGCGAGCGCAAGCAGAACGAGCACAUUCAGUGGGUUCGUGACUAUCAGCGGCGCCGUUUUGAAAAGCAGAUGAUGGAGGCCUCUCCCGGAGAGCCCGGAGCAAUCAGGAAAGCGUACAAGAAGCGGCACAUCUUCCAAGAUGAACACGACAAGAAAGUCAAGGAAUCUUUGUUGAAGGCACUGUACAAGGUGUCAAUGGAUGGAGGAUACGAGCAGGAUUUUGGCACGUACAAGGACUAUGUGUCCUACCGUGAGAGACUCGAGUCUUCUACAUCAUCUGUUAAAUCUACCCCUGCACAAAUCAACGAAGAUCCAUUCGCAGCAGCAGCUUUGCACGUCUAUUCCGAAAGUCCUUUCCGGCGAUCGCUCAGAAAAGCUCGCGAAGCGGCCCUGCUCCCCGCUCCGACUGAUCAUUUUGCUCGGUGGUCUGCCGACCAGAUACAAAAGAAUCGUGAAGCUCGCGCUCGCAGAGAGGCUGAAAUAGAAGCACGCAUCAAAGCGCUCACCAAGAAACCCAUCCCGAAGGACUUGACAGAUGAGGAAAAGGCGGAGGUGGCUCGUAUAUUCAAGAAAAUCAGUCCAGUCAAUGAAUGCGGCAAGGAAACCAUCCAAGCGGAUUCAGUCCAACGGCUGAAAGGCACCACUUGGCUGAAUGAUGAGGUGGUCAACUUCUACGGUGCUAUGCUUCAACAUCGUACCGAUGACAAGCUGAAGGCUGCGGGUGGUAAACCCGGCGAGGGUGGAAAAGAUCUUCCCGGUGGAAAGCGUGCUCUAGACAUUUAUGUCUUCAGCUCUUUUUUCUACUCCAAGCUCACAGAGGAAGGGUACGCCAAGGCCCGGAUCGGAAGGUGGACGAAGAAGUUCGAUAUCUUCAAAAAGGACAAAAUUAUUUUCCCAAUGAACAUCGGAGGGAUGCAUUGGACGACUGGGUGCAUUGAUUUCUGCAAGAAGCGUAUUGAAUGGUAUGACUCCUUGCAGGGUUCGUCCGGUCAGAUCUUCCAAGAAUUACGGAAGUAUCUCGAUCUGGAGCAUAGAGAAAAGCGAAAGAAGCCGUUCGACUUUACAGGCUGGGUAGAUUACGCUUGCGAGGACUACCCGCAACAACAGAACGGCAGCGAUUGCGGUGUUUUCACAGCAUUGGGCAUGGAAGCUCUCACCCGCGAGGCCGAGUUCAAUUUCGAGCAGUCGAACAUACCGUACUUCCGUCGUCUGAUGGUGCUCGAAAUCGGCAGGGGCAAACUCGAGAAGAUUCCCACACGGGAGCCUUGAUGUGCGUGAUUCGCAUAUAGCCCUCUCGUGUUCCGCAACCUCAUCUCAUACCUGAAUAACAUCUUUCUGGUUGAUGUUGUCCGAUGGAACCAUAUUGUUCUAUCGAUUCUCAUUCCCAGUUUCUGUAGUUGGAGACAUUGUUUGCACCGAGUCAAAACAAAUUUCCUCAUUAUUUCUGGGUUCUACUUGUUUUCGUUUCGUUGUCAUUGUCUCUUACUGAAACAUCUGUACAUUGUAAUUCA